AUGGCCACCAGCGGCACAAGCGACAACGUUCCAGGGCUGCCAGGCACCGGCGGAUCCCGGGUGACAACGGCCGGGCUGUCCCCGCUCAGCCGCGCUCCGGUGGCCGCUCCGCUCUCGGCGUUCCCGGUGACCGGGGCUGUGCCUCGUCCCUUGCCCGGCCAUGCCGACCCCAGGCGUGGGUCACACGAGGACCCGGAUCAGUGGAUGGGGAGCCCCGAGCAGCCCGAUGCCCCAGCCCCAGGUGCCUGUUGGGGGGCAGAGCCCCCGCCCCAGGAGGGUUCCAUGGCCGUGGUGCUGCGUGUGAGGCCCCCCAACCCCCGGGAGCGAGCUGCGCCCUCCGUCCUGCACGUCCUGAACCAGCGCGCCGUGCUCUUCGCCUCCGAGGAGCCCGGCGGCACCGGCACCGGCCCCGGCCGCCGCCGCAGGAACCUCGAGUUCGAGUUCGACCACGUUUUUGGCGAGAGGGCCACGCAGGAGGAGGUGUUCCAGCACACCACGCUCCCUCUGCUGGACACGCUCCUCGCUGGCUACAACUGCUCCGUGUUUGCCUACGGAGCUUCAGGGGUUGGGAAGACCCACACCAUGAUGGGCUCCAAGAGCACCCCUGGCAUUGUGCACCUGGCCACGGUGGAGCUCUACAAGAGGCUCGAGGCCAUGAAGGACAGGAGCUGUGAGGUCCUUGUCUCCUACCAGCAGGUGUACAAGGAGCGUGUCUAUGACCUGCUGAAGCCCCAGGGCCCUUUGAACAUCUGGGAGCAGCCCGGGAAAGGAGUCGUGGCACAGGGCCUCUCCUUGCACCAGCCCACGACACCAGAGCAGCUCCUGGGCUUGUUGGCCAAAGGCAAUAAAAACCGGGCCCAGCGUUCCACCAAGGCCAACGCCGCCUCCUCCCGCUCCCACGCCAUCUUCCAGAUCCAGGUGAAGCACUGGGACCUCACCGGCGGGGACCCGCAUGUGGCCAAGCUGAGCUUCAUCGACCUGGCGGGCUCGGAGCGAGCCUGGGACACGCCGGGCCGGGGAGAGGGGAUGUGGGAGGGCACCAGCAUCAACCGCUCCCUGCUGGCCUUCAAAAGCGUGGUCCGUGCUCUGGCCGGAGCCAAGGGCGGGCAGUGCCAUGUGCCGUUCCGGGACAGCAAACUGACGCUGCUGCUGAAGGAUUCGCUGGUGGGCAGCUUCCGCAGCACCGUGAUCGCUGCCGUGAGCCCCGCGGCGCCCGCCGGCCCCGACACCUACAGCACGCUGCGCUUCGCCAGCCGCGCCCGGCACAUCCUGCUGCCGGUGAGCACCGGGAGGGCCCCGGCGGCUCGGGAGCGGCUGCCGGCGGGCAGGAGGGUCCCUGCCGAGGCUCCUGUCACCACGCCAGAUCCCCCUGUGCCCAGCACGGCCCCGCAAAGCUGCCAGGAGCUCUCUCCGUGCUCCAGUCCCAAGCCGAUCUCUGUCUGGCCGGUGAAGAGGAUGCUCGAGUCGAGCAGCGAUUCCCAAACAGAAAACUCCUGCGGCUCCCGAACACGGAGGAAGCGCCAGCGGGGUUGUUAUGGGUGGGUUUAG